AUGUUCAUCGUCACUUACACGGCGGAGCACAAUCACCCAGCUCCUACUCAUCGUAACCCUCUUGCCGGAAGCACCUGUCAGAAAUCAUCUGAUCAUCCGACAACAAAAUCUCCGAUGACCACCAUUUCUACUUAUUCAUCGUCUUCGGUGACUUCAUCCAACGAGUUUGUCUUGACUGUGGAAGAUCUAGCUGUCGGAGAUCUCAACGGAGACGAGGAUUUGCUGUCUUUGUCAGAUACGGUGGUGAGCGAGGAUUUUUCGAGGGGUGGGAGGAUUUUGCCGCCGGUGACAAAUUUUUCGGGAAUUCUCCGUGGCAAGUUUUGA